GGAGCACUUUUCAACAGCGCAGCCCAGCUCAGAGGGCGGUGCCAUUCUCAUGGUUCAUUUGUUCAUUCAUUCAUUCAUUCAUUCAUUCGCCUAAGCUUUCAUUUCGGAGUUUAUUUCCUCAUUCACUGAUUCAGCCAGGCAGCCUCGCAGGUCCCCCCCAGAAAACAUUUCUGUAGCUUCCUCUGUGUGCCUAGCCCUGUGCCCAGCCCCGGGGAUGCAGGUGAUGAAAACAUGGUGUUGCCAGGCCGCAGAGGGGGCUGGGCUGUGCCUGGGCUGGAGCGGUGAGUACGGGCCCAGAGAGCUGGUGGACGUUGUGGGGACUCUGCCACAGGCAUGUCUCUGCAGGCAUGAGCCGGGCCUCUGUGACCCUGGCCAGCACCCUGCAGGUCAGGGGCGAAGCUCUGUCGGAGGAGGAAAUCUGGUCCCUCUUGUACCUAGCUGCGGAGCGGCUCCUGGAAGACAUUCGUGAAGAUUCCUCGGACUAUGUGGUCUGUCCCUGGUCAGCCCUGCUGUCUGCAGCCGGAAGUCUUUCUUUCCAGAACCACAUUUCUCACAUAGAGGCUGCUCCUUUCAAGGCCCCUGAACUGCUACAGGAACAGAGUGACGAUGAACAGCCCGACGCAUCUCAGGUGCACGUCUAUUCUUUAGGAAUGACCCUCUACUGGUCAGCAGGCUUUCAUGUCCCACAAAAUCAGCCUCUGCAGCUCCAUGAGCCCUUGAGCUCCAUUCUGCUGACCAUGUGUGAAGACCAGCCUCGCAGGCGGCUCCCCUUGCAGUCAGUUCUGGAAGCUUGUCGGGUUCAUUGGGAAGAAGUGGCCAUAUACCCAACCUCUGCCAGUCUCCACGUUAGACGGCUGGCUGGCUUGGUUCUGGGCACCAUCUCGGAGGUGGAGAGGAGACUCAUGGAAGAAAGCUCCUUGGCACAGCAGGACAGAAGCUGCCUGCUCAGGCAUAGGCUGCAUCAGGCGAGCUGCGAGAACACAACAGUAUGGGCCCUGGAGCGUCUGCACCCCUGCAGAGUUUCAGAGAGAAGCACAGAGACCCAGAAUUCCCUGGAGCCCGGUCUGAGCACCUCAGCACCCAGUCACCAUAGCCUCUCUGUUAGCAGUGCUUUUCCAGUUGAAGUUCCCCCAAAUCUUCAGGAGGGACCGCGGCUCAGCUCCAGCACCGCUCUGUCUGUGGCAGCAGAAAUCUCACAGCCGGCAACUCCUUCUCAAAGGGCUUUUCUGCAAAGGAAAGGAAAGUUCUCCAGGCCGGAGUUCGUCUUGCUGGCUGGAGAGGCCCCAGUGACUGUGCACCUGCCUGGAUCAAUUGUGACCAAAAAAGGGAAAUCCUAUUUGGCUCUCAGGGCCCUCUGCGUGGUGCUGUUGAGUGGGCAGUGUCUGGAGGUGAAAUGUGACAUUAUGUCAACGGCAGGAGCUGUCUUCAGUGCUGUCAUGUCUUUUGUCAACCUUGGGGAGCUCACCUACUUUGGCUUGGCUUACAUGAAAGACAAAGAGUUCUUUUUCUUGGACGAUGAAACCAGGCUGUGCAAAAUAGCCCCUGAAGGCUGGAGUGAGCAGCCCCAGAAGAAGACCUCCUCAAAUACCUUCACACUCUUUCUGAGGAUAAAGUUCUUUGUCAGUUGCUGUGCACAGCUCCAGAACAGCCAGGCAAGGCACCAAUUUUAUCUGCAGCUUCGGAAAGACAUCCUGGAGGAGAAGCUGUACUGCAGUGAUGAGACGCUGCUGCAGCUGGCGGUCCUUGCCUUACAGGCUGAGUUUGGCAAAUACCCCGAGGAGAUAGAGAGUAAAGCUUAUUUUCGAGUUGAAGAUUACAUCCCAGCGAGUCUAAUUGAGAGGAUGACUGCUUUCCGGUUGCAAGUUGAAGUCUCGGAGAUGCACCGUCUCAGUCCUGUGCUCUGGGGAGAGGAUGCCGAGCUGGAGUUCUUGAGGGUCACUCAGAAACUCCCAGAAUAUGGUGUGCUGGUUCACCGAGUCCUCCCAGAGAAGAUGACACGAGAAAGGGAGAUGGCCUUGGGGAUCUGUGCCAAGGGCAUCAUAGUGUAUGAAGUGAAAAACAACAGCAGAAUUGCAACUUUACGCUUUCAGUGGAGAGAAAUUGGAAAGAUUUCUACUUGUCGAAAGAAGUUCACCAUCACAAGUGGCAUCACUGGGAAAAAGCACACGUUUGUCACUGAUUCAGCCAAGACCUGUAAAUAUUUACUGGGACUCUGCUCUGCUCAGCAUGGAUUUAAUGCCCAGAUGAGCUUCCUGCCAGUUGCAGCUGUUUCAGACCAUGAUAAGUGUGUGCAAAUGGCCAAUACGAGUCUUGCACACCUGGUCCAGUCUCAGCCUCUCACUUGGAUUCAGCGGCUGUCGGACUCGGAAAACGCGCUGUUCACACCCACCCGGGUGCCGGAAGCCACGGCAGGGGGCCUGCGGCGCUUGUCUCUGGAUAACUUCACCUUGGAAACCAGCAAGGAGACUGCGGCACGGGGGAUCCGAGGCAGCCCCUGCAUGGGUCGGGAGCAGCUGGAGACCAUCUCUUUGAUCCAGAAGCCGACGACUCGUGCCCGUCUCUCCGGGCCGCCUGUUCCCAGCGUGCACAGGGAGCCACAGAGUAACAGGAGAAAGAGCUUUAUAGCUGAGCCGGAACGAGAAAUCGUGCAUGUGACAUUGCGCCGGGAUCCACGUCGCGGUUUUGGUUUUGUCAUCAAUGAGGGAGAAGAUAUUGGCAAAGUUGACCCUGGCAUCUUCAUAUCUUCUAUUAUACCUGGGGGACCAGCUGAAAAAGCUAAAAGGAUCAAACCAGGAGGGCAGAUUCUAGCCUUGAAUCACAUCAGUCUGGAGGGCUUCACGUUCGACAUGGCUGUUAGAAUGAUUCAGAAUUCUCCCGAGAGCAUAGAAUUAACCAUUUCUCAGUCAAAAGGUAUUUGUGGAAAUACCCCAAGUGAGGAAAAGAAUAGCCCAGCCAAUUCUGGGGUCUUCUCUACAGACAGCCCAAGCAACGGGCACCUGGGAAGUUUUUCAUCACGCGCACAGGACCAGGAGAAAAAUACUGAAGAACUGGAAAUGGCUCAGACUCAGAGCUUACUGUCCAGGGGGCAGGAUGCUGGUAUGUCUUGUCCUCCACCACCUUCAGAAAUCAAUGCCAGUGAAAUCUACUUUGUGGAACUGGUUAAAGAAGAUGGGACACUUGGAUUCAGCGUGACUGGUGGCAUUAAUACAAGCGUGCCCUAUGGGGGUAUCUACGUGAAAUCCAUCGUUCCUGGAGGGCCAGCUGCCAAGGAAGGGCAGAUCUUGCGGGGUGACCGGCUCCUGCAGGUGGACGGAGUGAGUCUGUGUGGCCUCACCCACAAGCAGGCUGUGCAGUGCCUCAAGGGUUCUGGGCAGGUUGCAAGACUGGUCUUAGAGAGAAGAGGCCCCAGGACCACACAGCAGUGUCCUUCUGUUAAUGGCAGGAUGGCAGACGGAUGCACGGCUGUUUCCUUGGCAACAGCCUUGCCCGGCAGGCCUGCGAGCUGUGUCUCAGCGACAGAUGGUCCUAAGUUUGAAGUCACUCUGAAAAAGAAUGCCAGUGGCUUGGGAUUCAGCUUCAUGCAGAUGGAGAGAGAGAGCUGCAGCCAUCUCAAGAAUGAUCUGGUGAGAAUUAAGAGGCUUUUCCCAGGGCAGCCGGCUGAGGAGAACGGGGCCAUUGCAGUUGGUGACAUUAUCCUGGCCGUGAAUGGAAGGCCCACAGAAGGCCUCGUCUUCCAGGAGGUGCUCCAUUUACUGCGAGGGGCAUCACAGGAAGUCACGCUCCUACUUUGCCGACCCCCUCCAGGUGCACUGCCUGAGAUAGACCAGGGAUGGCAGACACCCGUGCUCUCAGCAGACAAAGAAUUCACCAGGGCAACUUGCACUGACUCUGAGCAGAGCCCGAGUCUGGAUCAAGAGGACAGCCGGAGGGACAGUGCCUCCCCAGACACAGGGGAAAGCUUGGGUCCCGGGCCCGAGUCUUUCCAAAAGGCCACUGGCAAGGCACAAUGGGACCAGGACAUAGAGAGACCCUGGGCCACUUCCUCGAUGCGUCCUCAGGAUUCCCCCCCUCAUUUAUGCAGACUUCAGCAAGAAAUGGAUGCAUCCACAUUGGCCACCUCUUUGGAAAGGGAUAUGAGGCAAAACUGCUAUUCGGUUUGUGAUAUCAGGGGACUUGAAAGAUUUUCCUACUCACCCUCUCUAACCAGGCUUUCGACAGAUAUUUUCUGAGCACAUUCUCUGCAUGUUUGAAGCACUGUACAAAAUGCUCUGUCGUCUGUAUGGACUGCUUUUUCUAAUCAAAAGGCGUGUGUGGUGACCUUUGGGCAGCCCCUGGAAGGCUUAUUCUUCAUGUUGUGUCUGCGUCUUCACUGCCAGACAAUGCGCCCCACUCACCGUUCAUCUGCCUCCUGUGUCACACCGGGAGUAAAUGUCACUCCAGCUGGCUGCCUUUCCAAAUAGGCACUUUCUCAGCGCUCAGAAAAGGACUCGAUAUUUGCACAGAGUGCUUUGAAGGUCACCUGCUUGAGUUGUUCCCAGCCUCCCGCUUUGGCCCUUUCCCUCUAACCCCUCUGUUGAAACGGCAUUCAUAGUCAUAGCGAUAACAGCCCCUCCUAUUUACUGAGGACUUACCCUGCACCAGGAGCCAUGGAUGGAUGUACCAGAAUUAUGUAUUCUAAGCAUCCCAGAAAUCCUAUAAAUUUCUCGACCUUCUCACUUUUCAGAUGGGAAAACUGAGGUCCCAGAGAAGUUAAUAAGCUUUCCCGAGAACCGAAGUCAUGGCCCAGAACAGAGGCAUAGCUCUGCUUUUGAUGCCAUGUCCUCUGGCAAGUCCCCCAUGGUCUCCUGGGCUCCGUAAGGAGCUCCCCUUGCUCCCAUAAUGCUCUGUGCUGCCGCUCCUAUAGCACUUUCUCCCUGGAUUGUAACAUUUGUUCACCACUCACUCUUCCCAUUAAAUCAGGGGAUCCUCAGGCACAGGGGCCAUCCAUAUCUUAUCCAAUGUUCAGAACAGUCUCUGGCAGGAGCUGUUUGGACCCUGGCUGGCUCUCCUACGAUGUGCUGUGAUGAUCAUCCUGAAAGCAGGGCAAGAUGGGGAGAGGAGUUUCUUAUCAAUGCUGGAAGACACAUGGGUUUCUGUUUUCUAGUCCUGAAUUGGACAGGGAUGAUGAGGAAGGGGACAUGUGCCAUCUACCUGAAGCCACUUCUCCCACUGUGGAAAAUGAAGCCUAUCUUACCAUCAACUCUGCAUGGGAAGGCCAGCUACUCUGUGAAGAAUGUUUGGAGGAAGA